CUCUGACGGGCUGGUGACCGAGGAUGCUGUGCUAGGAGAUGCCGAUGGUGCUCACCCUGCUCGUCUCCCUCUAUAAACUGUGCCGGUUCGUCACCAUGUCGGGUGCGGAGCGGCUGGAGGUGCCGGAGUGCGUGAGCCAGGCUGGCAGCUGGGCUGGCAGCUCCAGGGACCACCGGGAGGUCUCCCCCGGGGUGAACACGGAUGUACGGGCAGCCCUGGACCGCAUCCUGCCCGCCCUGCACCGGGCCAUCACCCACACCAAGCAGGCAGCCAGCCCCGCGGAGCUGAGCAGGGCCAUUGCAGAGGUGUUCCAGCUGGUGGAGGAAGCGUGGGGGAUGCCCACACUGGGGAGGGAUGUGGCCAAAGUGCUGUGUGAUGUGAUCCGCCUGGAGGGGGGCCUGGACCUGCUGCUGAACCUGCUGUACACAGCGGAGCUGGAGACCAAGUGCCAGGCAGGAAAACUCCUGGAGCAGAUCCUGGUGGCAGAGAAUAGGGAUCGGAUUGCUCGGAUUGGUUUGGGAGUGAUUCUGAACUUAGCCAAGGAGAGGGAUGUUCCCCAGCUGGCACAGAGUGUCUCUGGUAUCCUGGAGCACAUGUUCAAACACACCGAGGAGACCUGUUUCCAGCUCAUCUCCGACGGAGGCCUGGAUGCUAUCCUGUACUGGUGCCGCUGGACGGACCCCAUCGUGCUGCGGCACUGUGCCAUGGCCUUGGCCAACUGUGCCAUGUAUGGAGGGCAGGCCAACCAGCGCCUGAUGAUCGAGAAGAGGACAGCAGAGUGGCUUUUCCCCCUGGUGUUCUCCAGAGAUGAUGAGCUGAUCCGGCUGCACGCCUGCCUGGCCAUCACAGUGCUGGCCACCAACAAGGAGAUCGAGAAGGAGGUGGAGCGGUCGGGAACGUUGGCUCUGGUGGAGCCCUUCAUUGCCUCACUGGAUCCGGAGCAAUUCGCCUCCGAGAUGCUGGGCAGCAGUGACAACAGCCAGGGGAGGACGGCAGAUGACCUGCAGAGGCUGGUACCUUUGCUGGACAGCUCGAGGAUGGAAGCACAGUGCAUCGCUGCCUUCUACCUCUGCAUGGAGGCUGCCAUCAAAACCAGGCAGAAGAAAACAAAGAUCUUCAGUGAGAUUGGGGCUACUCAGAGCCUGAAGAGGAUAGUGUGCUACUCCACCAGCAGCACUACCUCCUCCCUGGCCAAGAAGGUGCUGCGCAUGAUAGGGGAGGAGGUUCCUCGGCGCAUCCUGCCCACGGUUCCCAACUGGAAGGCCUGUGAGGUGCAGACGUGGCUGCAGCAGAUCGGAUUCAACAGUUACUGCCAGAGGUUCCUGGACCACCAGGUGGAUGGGGACAUUCUCCUGAGGCUGACAGAGCAGGAGCUGCAGAAAGAUUUGGGGAUGGACUCCAGUAUCACUCGGAAAAGGUUUUUCCGGGAGCUGACAGAGCUGAAGACCUUUGCAAACUAUUCCACGUGUGACCACAGCAACCUGGCUGACUGGCUGGGCAGCAUCGACCCCAAGUUUCGUCAGUACACCUACAACCUGCUCACAUGCGGCAUCAACCGCAACUUCCUGCACCGGGUGACAGAGCAGCAGCUGCAGGAGGACUGUCACAUCAACACCGGCUUCCACCGCGUCCGCAUCCUCACUGCUGCAAGGGAAAUGCUUCACUCCCCUAUAACGCUGCAAACAGCAUCCAACGGCACUGAUGUAUUCAUCAGCUACAGGAGGAGCACUGGGUCGCAGCUGGCCAGCCUUCUGAAGGUCCAUCUGCAGCUGCAUGGCUUCAGUGUGUUCAUCGACGUGGAGAAGCUGGAGGCAGGGAAGUUUGAGGACAAACUGAUCCAGAGUGUCAUGAGUGCCAGGAAUUUUGUGCUGGUCCUCUCACCCAACGCACUGGAUAAAUGCAUGGAAGACCCCGAGUGUAAGGACUGGGUGCACAAGGAGAUUGUGACAGCCCUGAACUCUGGAAAGAAUAUUGUACCUGUUACAGACCAUUUUGAAUGGCCAGAUCCAGAAACACUUCCCAAGGACAUGAGGGCUGUCCUGAAAUUCAAUGGUAUCAAGUGGUCCCACGAGUACCAGGAGGCCACAAUCGACAAAAUCAUCCGCUUUCUGCAGGGACGUUCCUCGCGGGACUCCUCGGCCGGGUCAGAGAACGGCCUGGACUGCUUGUCCUCCCUGGGGCAGCCCUAGAGCCAGCACAGCUGCCUCAGCCCCUCACAGACUCCCCAGCUGACCCCUUUUUAUGUGGGGCCAGAUUUAUCCCUCUGUAUUUCCCUAUCUUACUCCCCUGGCUUGAGACAAGGCCUGUGGCUCAUCACCCCCCUUCUGCCCUCCAAAUGCAAGCCCUUGGUACUAAAGGACUAGUACUCACACGGUGCCUGGUGAGCCAAGCUAAGGUGGACUCUGGAAUGGAUGAGUUGUCUUCCACAUCCUCCCUUGGGAAGGCAGGACACAUAGGCUAUACCUCCUGCAGUGCUGGGGGAGCAAGGAAAACAUGUCUGAAGAGGAAAAGAAACAUGUCCAAAGAGAAAAGGUCUUCUGAGGAACCAAAACUUGGGAAUUGGUGGGGGAUACAUCACAAGAAGACAUGCAGAAGAGCAGCUGAGAGGAAAUGGUCCCUAAGCAUCAUAUGGCCUCUGUUGUGUGCUGUGGGAAUAUCAUAGCCAGAAGCCAGGAGUAGGAAAGGGCAAAUAAAAGCUAAGCCCUAACGAAAUCCCUGUGUUUGGGAAAGAUAACACAGAGGCCUUCUCAACAGCUCAGCAGCAGCUUUCUGUUUCCCAGUAAUGUCCCUUUAUCAACUAAGCUCACUCCCCCCUUUAGGGCCUUCCACCUCUUAAUGCUGCAAAGGCACUCAGUGCUCCUAACUCUGGCAAUGGAAGUUUGGGGUUAUGACAAAUGGUUCUUUUCAGACAACAGAUCAUGUGAAGUUUCUGCAGGAUCUCUGCAAAAAGUGCUUUUGAAACAACCCCUUCCCACCAUCUGGUGCCUCAGCUUUACCACAAUAUCAGGUCUAUACUUACAGGGCAUAGGAGGCUGGAUCUCUGGACAACAUAUCCAUGUAAAUAUGGAAGAUGCUAAUUGCUGUUCUGUACUUGUGGAGUUAAACACUGGCUGUGUUUUAUUCUG